AAAAAUUUCACAAUGAAACAUGUUUGCUCACUUUAUUAAUCCUCAUCCAUGUGUUUUACCCUGCAGCGCAUAAGAAUAUAGCAGUUCAACUUCAAAGUUUCAUAACAUCCAAUGUUUUCCAAAACUGAACAGCAACACCAAAAGAAAAAGGGAGAAUGGUUAUCAGGAAGUUUCAAACCAGAGAAUUUCAUUCCAGGUCUUGUUAUAGGUUUUAUCUGUGGCUUGUUGAUUGAUUUAACUAAGCAAACUAGAAAUCACUUGUCCAACAAAAUUUUCUCGUCUAACAAGGCUCAGCACCAACUCUCACUCUCAAGUAAUGGUGAUCAAGAACUUAAAAUGGUUCUGGUUGUUAGGCAAGACCUAAAGAUGAGAUCCGGAAAGAUUGCGUCUCAAUGUGCUCAUGCUGCCACUGGCAUGUAUGCUGAAUUAACGCAAAGCAACCGGUCUCUUUUAAGACAUUGGGAACACUGCGGUCAGCCCAAAAUUGUCGUGACUUGCAAGAACCAACAAGAAAUGAAUAAGAUAAAGGAAACAGCUGAGAGUGUUGGCCUCCCUACUUUUGUUGUUGCCGAUGCUGGACGAACACAGGUUUCGGCAGGAUCAAAGACUGUACUUGCUGUUGGACCUGGUCAGCUUUGUGUUGCUUUGUUCUUGACUCGGUUUAUGUUGCUUUGUAUUUCAUGGCCUAAAUCAAUUGUGGACUCGGUGACUGGAAGGUUGGCUCUACUAUGACAACAUUCAAGAAACGGGCCAUGAAAUUAUAAAUCAGCCAGACUUAGUUAACCUGUGAUCUUUGUUCCGGCAGCACUAUUCAGAUUGUAUUACUUGUAGGAUCUUCUUACUAGGGAUAAAUAGAGCACUCUAUUUUUGGAUCUGUUGUGUGAAACAUAUUGUUCCUUACAAGGAAGCUCUUUAGGAAGUUAAUGUUUUGAGAGAUUUUGAGCAAGAUGAGACAAUAUUUCAUAAUUAUGAAGUAUGAAAAUUCUCUUGAAUGAGAUAGCAAUGCAAGUUUGAGCAACGAACUAUUUGAUUAACAUCAUUACAAUUACAUUGCAUUACA